AUGCCUCCUUCAUCUCUCCAACAUCGACGAACACACAAUCUGUUACUGAUAUCGAAGCUUUUGAGUCAGCGAGACGCUGCUUCGCCAUUUACGCUCGUGCUUGACAGCCUUGAGCAGUCGGGCAAGCCGCUCUUGGCCGAAUAUCGGAGACGCGCGAAUGUGAGAUGUCACGGCCCAGAAGCUGUGGAUCGACACGGGAGUGCGCUGACAGUCGCUGACGGGAAUAACAGGCCUCCAAGGUCAAAGUCAUAUUCGUGUCGUUUGAGACAUUACGAAAGCCACGAGACGCCGACGUCUUCAUCGACGCCUGGAAGCAGAGUUUGCAAGCUUGGCAGAAAGAGGUCAUCAAUCAUGUGAAGAACGAACCAACACAGAGUAUGGCUUUCGAAUCGUUAUGCAAUCCUAUCUGGGCAAAUUCUGACCAUGGUGAAUAGGAAAGCUCCUAAUAUUCGACAGCCUGAAUUUCUUGGCCGCAACUCAAAGUUCAAGUCUUCCGGGUCUGCUGUCUUCCCUCAUCGGUCCAGCUACAUCUUUGCUGGCUCUCUAUCACACGGAUAUUCCACUACCAGUUUCCAAGAAUGGCAGCCAUGAUGCCUACUCGCCAUCUGCAUUGACACUGUUGAGAUACCUUGCAACGACAAUCUUCAUCACGCAGUCCUUGCAUCACGUCCUUGCCAGAAAAGCAGCUCGAGAUCGAAGCUUCGCAGAACCUUCUUUUGGACUCGAGGAAGGUAUCGAGGGAGUACUGCAAGGACUCGGCGCAAACGCAGGAGAGGGCGUUGUACUCGAGAUGGAGCACCGGAGGAAGAGUGGCCGAGGAGUGAGGGAGCUAUACUUUCUUCCCCAUACUGCCUCAGCUUCUGGCUACACAGCAAAUCAAGCCAGGAAGGAAACUGUCACCUUGCUCGAAGAACAUCCUCUGUACCGUACGCCAGAAGAGAGUGCGGCGAGCAGGGAGGGCGAGGAAGAUCAAGCAGAUACUACGUUUGAGCUGGGUCUUACGGAGAAGCAGAGGCGUGACAGAGAAGGUGUGGUCUUACCUUACUUUGAUGCACAGAAGGGUGGUGGUGAAGGAGGAAGAAUUCUAUACGACAUGGGCGAGGAAGAUGACUUUGACGAAGAAGAAGAUGAGAUAUGA